CUAAAGCGUUGGUUCUGCAACAUACUCCUCCAUCAUCACGUUCUGCUCUCGAAGUCUCAUUGAUGCGGACGUUUAGAGCUUUUGGUGAAUUUUCAGAGUUUUUAGUUGGGAACCCCUUCUUCUGCUGCUGCUUCCUCUAUUUAUAUUGUUCUUUCUGCCCAUGUUCUUGGCGGUUUUCCUUGGAUGCACGAUGGCUUCGUGGGUUUUGAAUUUUGGCGCCAUACCCCACGUUUAGCCGAUGGUCUUCGCGCACGUGACUCUAUUGCCACGUGGAUGGUUCUGAGUCGUGGGCAACCGUUGCUAUUCGUGGCAUCGUGGGUGUACGCACGUGCUUGUAGUUGCUUGUUAUUCGGUAACUGCCUCUUCCAUUAAGAUGAUCGAGAUUUCUUCAUCUUCUGAGUGUGUCGAGUUAUGGCUUUUACUAACUUGUCUUUGAGGGACAUCGUGUGCUGAGUUGCCGGCUUCGCCCAACCCUUUCUGUCGAGAAACCACUUUUGCACCAUGGUGUCGAGAAUUGUAGUACUUGUAAUUUUGGCUUAACAGAACCCAUCUAACUUCGAGGAGAUUAACCUCUCUCCCCUAAAACAUGAUGUCUGCAUCAGAAAUUCUAUUUUUUCGUGUUCUCCAACUGCAACCGAUCAAGUUUGUUCCAUAGUUUUAUUCGCGGGCGAUUCAAAUAUAGUGUUCUAUUGUCAACUUGGAGAUAAAGAAUGGUCUGAACUGGACUAUACUGAGGACCUUGUGAAGGCUUUAGCAGUGGAUCUGGAGGGUCAUGAAUUGCUUGAAAACUAUACUCAUCGGGCUACAGCUGGGGAACUGGAGGAGGAUGAAUUGCUCGAAAACUUCAUUCAUCUUGAUAACCCGGUUUAUUGCAAUGGUCGCAUGUAUGUGGAGUCACGGUUUCCUCGUUUUUUAGUGGUAAUAGAGAAGUUUGAACCCCAUGGUCUUGAAAUAAACUCUACACAUGUUAUCUUUCCAGAUCCUCCGGCUUCCUUUGGAGUUAUACUCAAGUUGUUAGAAUCUAACAACGAACUAUUUUAUAUUGGAAUUUCUCUUGACAUGGAUAGGAUUAUUUCAAUUGAUGUGCACAGAUUAGAUUUUUCUCAAAUGGUGUGGGAAAAGGUCAAAAGCAUCCGGGACAGAGUGUUCUUUUUAUCAGGGAUUGCCUUACCCUUUACUUGUCAAGCAAUCAAUCCUGAAACUGAUGGAGGUCUUAUCUAUUUAACAUUUUCUCCCAAAAAUUUUCUUUACAUAUACAACAUUGAAGACAAUAGCCUUGUAAUGGGCCAGACUUUCUCUAAUUUACCAAAAUGGCGUUAUGGCUCACUCUGGUUUAUGCCGGAUCGAAGGAUGACUCAUUCAAUCCAAGAAGAAAGAGGAAGAACUCAUAGUAGAGGAGGGGACAGUAGUUUUGCAAUCCAUUCAAAUGAGACAAGGGAUAGAGCUUCUAACUCUUGUGCAUUUUCUUUUGAAAAUAUACAUGAUUAUUUGCAUUUUCGAGCUACAAACAAUAUCUUCCGAUUAAGAGCACCAGUACCAUUUCAGCGGAGAUCACUCUCAAUGUCGAGUUUUGAUCUUUCAUGCUCUCCAUUAUUUGUUUUCUUUGAGCAAGAAAAGUUCUUAACUUUUGUGCACCCAAAGCAUGGAAUUAAUUUUAAAUACAACAUGACUUUGCCCGAAGAUAUCCAAGGAGGUUGUGAAAUUUGCUACUCUAAAGAUGGUUGGCUACUACUGGCAGUAAACACAUUUUGUAACAUGUUCUUCAAUCCCUUUACAAAAGAAGUAAAGGAACUUGCAUAUGGACCUGCACCAGAACAACGAAGAAGGGAUAUACUGUCUUUAGGCUUUUCACAUCCCCCAACCUCUUCAGAAUGUGUAAUUGUUGAACUCCGUGGUUUUACCGACAUGACAGUACACACCACUUGCCUUGGGGAGGAAGAAUGGGAAGAAGUCUAUUUUGAAGAGAGUAAAUUUAUUCGCGCUAGCCUCAACCCUUGUUUCCAUAAUGGAGCAUUCUAUUAUCUUAAUAAUGAUGGAAAGUUGGGAUUUGUUAAUGUAGGGGAUGAAGACAUAUACUGGGAAGAAUGUGAGAAGCCUGAUGCUCCACGGUGUGCACGCACUGACUACUACAAGUGCUAUCUAGUAGAAUGCAACGGUAGUCUCUUGUCAGUAUUUGAGGGUUAUCUUGGUAAUUGGGUUCGAGUUUUCAAGUUGGAUGAGACUGAUAUGCAAUGGGUGAAAGUUAACAGUCUUGAAAAUCAUAUGCUUUUUGUUGGUAAUCAAUCGUUUUCAGCUGUGGCGAACAUUCCGGGAAUGGAAAAUAAAAUAUAUUUUCCUAGAUUUCAUGGUGAUUACAUUGUAUUUUAUUCGUUAGACACAGGAAAAUAUCACACAUUUGAAAGUACUAAAGUGGUGGAUUUUCACUGUAUGAGAGAACAACUUAAUAGCAGUUGGAUUCUACCAAGGUGGCGGUAGGAUUUUGGUAAAACUUUGCGGGUGUCACAUGAUCCUUCCCUGUGAUGGUCACCACUUAGUUUGAUCUUUGUGACCUACUUGAGGCAGCUAAACCAAAAUAAAGAAGGCACUGUUCCUGCUGAACUUGCUUCUAUUGCCCAUUGUAUCAAUGUUUUAUGUUUCUUGUUCAUAU